AUGGCAGACCAGGUUCCCACUCCACCACAAGCGACCACUCCAAUUGCAACUCCUACGCGCCGUACCCCUUCGGAUGUCUGGCGUGAGAUUGAGGAUGGGUACAUCAACCCCCCGCCACUCUCGCCACGCCGUCAACGCUUGCAAGAACAGAUUCCGGGUCCAGAUACACCUGGGUUUCCUGGUACAACCAAUCACCACCAAUUGAGCCCAAAAGAACGGCACUUUCAGAGUCCAGAUGCCCCAGCUAAUUCUCCUCCCCGUACACCACCAAAACAGUACCCGCAAAGAAGUCCGAGCUCCAUUUGGCGCCACAUUCGCUCCGGCUAUGGCCCCGACCAUAACUCCAAUGCCUCUUCUUCUCCUCCGGAGGACAUUGAUGAUAUUACACCGAAGGGAAACAGCGAAGGAUCUGCAUCUUCUAGUAACCAGGAACCUUCGUUAGUACCUGAUACCCACGAUUCUCAUCCUCAAUCUACCUGUCCUGUUCAACCCAAGUAUUAUCAGAGUGUUUUCCGGGAACAUUUCGAUGGGUUUCCACCAGCUCAAGCCAAAAAGCCUCCUAGACGGGGGUUGAUUACUGGUGGAGGUGCUGGCGGGCGGAGAGAUGUAUACUACGAUGGCACGUUGGGCGAGUGGAGAGCUAUUCCCCCAAUUCAUGUCGAUACUGAUUCGGAGUCGGAUAAGAACUCCGAGAAGGCAGAAGAGGAAGAGGGUGCCGGAGGGGUGGGUGGAAAGCGGAAAAAGACGGAAAACAAAUUGAAGAAAGCAGUGAACUGUGUUGUCGGUGCCUUGAUCAAGGGGAAGGAGGAUAAAGAUGAUGAACCGGAUAAGAGCGACAGGUUAGAUAGGCCGAUCGAGGAGCCAAUCUUUGGAUUCGAAAGCAUCUAUUAG